UCUUCCGUGUGAUUUUAUUUUACUGAAUUUCAAUGUAUAACACACGCGAAUAUGAAAGAAAUGAUCGAAAAAUAUAUUCUGUUAAAUUUUCGUCAACAUCUGUUCUAUUUCGGAGGACAUAGUUACCAAUCUAAAACAUUUUAAUACAACGGUAAAUGCCUUUUCAAUUUCCACAUGGACAUCGGGCUUUUAUUUACGACUGAUAAUUUGACAGUCGUUUCAAAAUUGAUGAAAACUUCUUGAAAUAUGGAAGAGAAAUCUUGCAAAGAGCAAUUAACAGAAAAUACAGAUAUCAACCAAGAUGAGUUGAUUCUUCAACAACAAAGACGAAUCGAAAUGGAGAUUUCUGAAUCUAUUGCUUUGGUUGGAGAGAAAGAAUCCAUAAAAAGUUUGGAACGUGAAUAUUCUGAAGAUGAAAUAUACCUUUCAAAAGCUAAAGCAUUAGGUCAAAAAUACUCGUAUAUUAGGAGAACUAGACCAGAUGGAAAUUGCUUUUUUAGAGCUUUUAGUUAUGCAUAUCUUGAAAAGUUAAUUGGAAAUAAAGAAGAGUAUGAAAAAUUUCGAGAACUUGCAUUAAAGAGUAAAGAUAGUUUGGUAGCAUUAGGUUUCCCUCAGUUUACAGUUGAAGAUUUUCAUGAUACAUUUAUGGAUGUAAUUGAUAAAGUAGGAGAAGAUACGGAGUCAAGCUAUAUUGAAUUACAUAAACUUUUCAAUGAACAAGGAUGCUCUGAUUAUGUUGUUGUAUAUCUUAGAUUAAUUACUUCUGGUCAAUUACGGCGUGAAGCUGAUUUUUAUCAGCAUUUUAUUGAAGGAGAACGUACUGUUUCAGAAUUCUGCCGUCAAGAGGUGGAACCAAUGUACAAAGAAUCUGAUCACAUUCACAUUAUAGCUAUGAGUACUGCUUUAGGAACUGGAAUACGUGUCCGUUAUAUGGAUAGAGGCGCUGGGACUGAAGUAACUGCACAUGAUUUUCCUGAAGGUGCUACCCCAGCUGUUCAUUUACUGUAUCGUCCUGGUCAUUAUGAUAUUCUGUAUCCUUGAUAAAUCAUGUAUUAAACUGGCAUACAACUUUUUUAAAAACCACAAAGAUUAAUUAUUUAGCAAAUUAUAUCUUGUGUACGUAAUCAAAACUCAUAAAAUUCUUGUUUAGUUAAAUGUAACGUUACAAUUGUAAGUAAUUAAUUUAAGUCUUAUAGAGUAUUCAAUAAAAUUAUGAAAUUUUAUGUAAAA